AUGAGUGAAGAAAUGGAGGCAGGCGAUGAGACAGACUGGACGCAGUUGGAACCCAAGGACUCGGUCAAAAUCUUCUUGACUGUCUUGUACAGUCUUCUUCUGGUCACAGGAAUCCUGGGCAAUUGUGUCACCAUCCGAGUGACACAAGUGCUGAAGCGAAACGGUUACCUGCAGAAGAAUGUGACCGACCACAUGGUCAGCCUGGCUUGCUCGGACUUGUUGGUGCUCCUCGUCGGAAUGCCAGUGGAGCUCUACAGCGCCAUCUGGUUCCCCUUUACGUCGGCGUCAGGCGACGCCGCAUGUAAGAUCUACAACUUUGUUUUCGAGGCUUGCAGUUAUGCUACCAUCCUCAAUGUGGCCACUCUUAGCUUUGAGCGCUACGUGGCCAUCUGUCACCCUUUUCAUUUCAAAGCCUUGGGCUGCAAACGUACGUCGGCCCUCAUCGCCUUCGCCUGGCUGGCGUCGGUACUCGUGGCACUGCCGUUGCUGGUUGCUACGGGAACACAAGGCCACAUUCCUUUUUUGGCAGACACGCCUGUCCAGAACUUGACUUUCUGCACAAACCUGAGGGAACGCUGGUUGAUGUACCAAGUCAGCAUAUUUGUGGCUUUUAUCGUCUACAUGCUGGUUUUGGUCUGCGUGGCCUUCAUGUGUCGUGCAAUGAUCCUGGUUCUACGGGGACACCCAGGUUCUUUAGAUAACGGAAUCCCAAGAUCGUCGAAGCAUGAAAGCUCGAAGGUCAAGAUAGCCAGGAAGCAGAGCAUUAUUUUCCUUGGUUUGAUUGUUGGCUCCCUGAUGGUGUGUUGGUUCCCCAAUCAAAUCCGUCGUCUUAUGAUGGCCGCCGUUCCUAAAUCCCGCUGGACUGCAGCCUACUUUUGGAGCUACGUCACCCUCCACCCGUGGUCUCCAUCAGCUUCUGUUGUCAUGUCUUGUCUUGAGCUGCUGCUUGAAGGUUCCAUCUCUCUCUUCUCCUCACUUGGACUGUGAUGAAGCUGUGAGGACUCAGGUGUUUUGUCUUCAUGGUCUUCAGUCUUCACAGAGACAACAGUCAGUGGAAACUUGGUGAGAUCAGCCUCCUCUUGCCCUAGAACACACUCUUCCUUCUGACUAAUCCACACUUCCAUCUCUUCCUCUUUAUAAUGAGGGGGCUGUGGUUCUUCAUCUUUCUCUUUAAAGUUAGGGGCAUGUGGCUCCUCCUCUUCCUCUUUAACACAUACAGGCUGGGACUCCUUGUCCUCUUUAUCAUGAGGGAGCAGUGACUUCUUCUCUUUAAUUUGAGGCGACUGUGGCUCCUCGAGGUGCUGUGGAGCCUUCUGCUCCAAAGUGAAGCCCCCCCCCUGCGGUUGAGGCACACUAUCUUCUUGACAUCCAAUCAGCUGGUGAACAUCUGUAGAACAAAACAGCGAAACAAACACAUUUUAACUCAGACAUGUCAAAUAAUAAGAGGGACAGUGUGAUGUUCAAAUAUAUAACUUAUUUCAUCUUGUGAGUCAAAGUAAGGCACUUUUUACUUCACGUUAUUUGUAUCGGUUAAAGCAAAUCAACAACAGAGCAUUUUCUUCAUUGUGUAUAAUGUAUAAGAACAAAGCCUGACGAAGGACAAUACUUUGAACUCACCAAAUAAAAUGGUACUCAGACCAGACCCUGCAGGGAAGUUUAUUUUGUUACAUUCAGUGAAAGUGUUCAAAUACAAGAAUCAAACACCAUCGCCUGAAACCCAGAUGUGCUUCUAGGUCACAUGAUUGCAACCCAGCGAUUAUGUUUAUACAGAACUUUUUUCUCUAGAGACUCAAAGAGCUUUACAUAGUGAAACCCAUUAUCUACAUUUGAGCUACAAUUAAACCAGUGUGAGUGGCACUGGGAGAAGGGUUAAAGUGUCUUGCCCAAGGACACAACGGCAGUGACUCGGAUGGGGGGAAGCUGGAAUCGAACCUGAAACCCUUAAGUUGCUGGUAUGGCCGCUCUACUAACUGAGCCACAACAGCCUCAUUUCUAAUUGUAAAUGAUUCCAUAUAUGAAAACCCUUAUAUGAUAAACAUAUUUGUUUAACAUUUGUUCAUAGUCAUACCUUUGCUUUUGAGUACACUUCAAUCCCUCUUAGUUCAUAUUUACUAGUUCACUUCUGAAACAUCUUCUGGAAGCAUAUUAUUAUUUACUUUAUACACCAUUU